AUGUCCGAUAGCAAUGGCGCUAUUGAAGAGAUCCAAAGCGGCCUUGACUCACCUCCGUCUUCGCAAUCCUCAAUGGCUGAAUACGCCACCUUUGUCAAAAUGAAGACGGGCAUGAGCAGGAAGCUGCAAUACCAGCCGACCAAACAAUACCGCCUGCACAACAGCAUGCUCGCUGGAGUCGGAUUUCUUGAACUGGCCAACGUGGGAGACUUCGCGGCGAACGUGUGGAACGAGAUUCCCAUCCCCAUCUACGCCGCGGUGCUGAUGGGGGUGGGUGGUACGCUGGCCCUCGCCAUUUCGGUCUUUGCCGUUCGCGAUGCGAUCCUCAGUUCGAGGAAUAUCGCGCUCCUCCGAAAAGAACGGUAUCAUCUCAGAACACAAAGAGAGGCUCUGGCAGCGGGUGUGGAGAUUACAUCUACAUGUGCGCGAGGCAUCGAGAUGCAGCUCGACGUCAACUUCCGGGAACUGGGCACGGAGCUGGUAGAUCGUUUCGGGAUGGAUAUCACUAUGGGAUUUGGGGCCGUCAUGGUGGGCGUUGGCACGUUGAUGGCGCUGGGCGGCGAGAACCCACUCGUCUUUCACGCGAGCAACCUCCUGUCGGGAUAUAUUGGGAACUCACCGGCGGCGCUGUAUGGUCUGUUGAAUGGGAUUUGGUCGUUCUACGUGUUGAGGAGAGCCAUGCGACAUGGCGCGGCGGCGGCGAAGGAAGUGCCCGAGGAGGGGGUUCUCGUUGUCGUGAAGCGCCGGCUGCGUCGAGUCCGGACGCACGCGGUGAUCAACGGCCUCACAGGUAUCGUGGCCGGGGCGGCGUCAAUGGUCACCGCGACCUACUGGUACGGCUACCCCGUGUUAGUCCCGUGUAUCCUCUCCGCCAUUUUCUGCAACUACAUCUGGAGAACUCGAAUUGGUUACGACCGUCCCUUGACGAUAAAGGGCCCCGAUCUCGACAAGGCCUCUCUGCUCGAGGAUCUCACCCAUGCGAUCUCUCUUCAACAGGUGCUCGCCGAAGGCCCCGCCCAACCCCUCGCACGCCUGGUCCCUUCGCCCAAGUCUAUCACCUCCGUCGUCGACUUUAUCCAAAGCAACGAUCUCUUCGAGGACUUCUGCCAUCGGCUCUUGCAGGACGAAUCGUUUGCGCGCGCUGUGCUGGGCCCUCCCGCGAACGAGAACGAGAACGAGGAGUUGAUCCUCGAACCAUCCCGUCUGCUCGCAGACAAGACGCACUUCCCACGCUUGACUGAGAUUGCAGAGACGACGGUGCGGGAGAUGGGCCUGACGCGGUUCAAGUAUUCGGAACGGUAUCUCGUGGAGGCUCUGGGGUGCUACUUGUGCUGUUCCAAGGAGGCCACGCCGGCGACGUCGCAGGAAGCGUUGAUAUCGGCGAGGGAGGAGAAGUAG